AUUUUCACCAACCUCAACUCAUUCACUCGUUCACUUAACCGACUACGUACCUAAUAGGUCGCAUUGGUUUUAUUCUUAAACUCAAGUCGGCUUUUUAGAUAUAAUAUUAACCCUAGGGAUAAUUAAUAAAAUGAAGGUCAUUAUAUAAUAAUUACACCAAAGUCUCUCCAACACAGCUUCUCAUGGCCCUUAGGGCCCUCUCUAGCCGCUUAUCAGCGGUACCUCAUCACCAUGUGAGCUUGACAAGGCUGAGAUGCCCUCAGCGCCAGUGGACACUUUCACCCCGGUUCUUUUCCGCCGAAGCCGUCUCUCACCCGUCGAACUUGGUCCAAGUCUACAUAUCUCGGAGCACAGAUCCAUACCUGAAUCUAUCGAUAGAGCACUUCUUACUCCAGAAAUCACAUCCGGACUCCGUGGUUCUUCUGCUGUACACGAAUCGUCCAUGUAUCGUCAUCGGACGGAACCAGAACCCCUGGGUCGAAGUUAAUCUCGGCCUGAUAAAUCAGGGAGGAAUCCUUAGACGGUUACGGGAAGGGUUAGAAUCCUCGGCAAAAGGCAAUGAGAAUGCAGUGGUGAAUACGAGGGACGUGGAUAAAGGACAAAAACGUCCAGUCGAGAGCGGCAACGACACAGACGACGAUGUUCUCCUCGUCCGCCGACGAUCCGGCGGCGGAACAGUAUUCCACGACGCGGGCAACGUGAACUACAGCGUGAUCUGUCCGCCCGCCUUAUUCGACCGCAACAAGCACGCCGAAAUGGUUGUGCGAGCGCUGCAGGGGCUGAAUAAAAUUCCCCACGGUGUCCGCGUCAAUGAGCGUCACGAUAUUGUCCUCGACGUUUCCUCCAAGGUUCCAGCGCACAAUGAUCCACACAGCUCAGACGCAAGAAUAAACAGCAACGAAGUCCAAACAUUCAAGAUCUCAGGCUCAGCCUACAAAUUAACGCGCACACGCUCCCUGCACCACGGCACAUGUCUCCUUUCCUCGCCGCACCUCCUCUUCCUCAGCAAAUUGCUCCGAUCGCCCGCAGCGCCAUACAUCAAGGCGCGCGGCGUCGAAAGCGUGCGGUCGCCCGUGCGCAACGUCGGGGUAUCCAAUGCAGAGUUCGAAGACGCAGUCGUAGCUGAGUUCCGCGCCAUGUACGAGGACGCCCGAGCGCAGAGCGAGGAGACGAAGGAAAUCGAGGUAGAGAUCCUAGACGCAUCCGACGUAGAAGACAUCCCCGAAGUCCGCGCCGGCGUCGCCGAGCUGAGGUCCCGCGACUGGGUCUACGCGCAGACGCCGCAGUUCACCUUCUCGUCUCAUCCGACAGCCGAGGAUCCUCGGCCGCGGCCAGAUCUACCUGCUGACUUGCUGUCUUCGUUCUUCCCGACUUCGACGAACUCGGUAGAAGCGACGAAGCCUGGGCUGCAUAUGACCGUGCGCCAUGCAGAGAUUACGGAUGUCGUUGUUCCCAGCACGGAUUCUAGCAGUAGCGAUCUAGCAGAGUCCUUGAAGGGGCGGCAUUUGCACCAUAUUGAUGACUGGCGCACAUAUGUUGGGGGUAGGAAUGAAAGCAUGGGACGGUGGCUGAACCAUCUUUUUGGCGUUGGAAGGUGACUAAUGAUGUGAAGAACCGAAUUUCAUCUGAAGUAGGUAGACUAACAGGGGGCUCAUGGUUGAAGGGUAUGUACUAUAUUAGAUUCGACACAACAUGCUUGUCGAAUACGUAGCUUGGGCUGGAUAUGCACCCAGAGUCGUUGGCCACAGCUGCUUGAUACGUUCACCAUGACUUGGAUCAAAAGAAAUACAGAUAGACAGAUAGAUACCCAGGCAUUGAAAUGUAUCAUAG